GCACACUGAUGCUAUAAGUGUGUCUGUGUGUGUUUGUUUGAAGUACUGCUUGCAUGUUGCUGAGGAGACACUUCGGCUCUCAGACUGUCCAAGUCCUCAUUGAUGAUCCCGUUUCAUUUUGUCAUUUGUCUGUUUAAAAGUUUGUUCACCUUUCCUUCACUCUUUUGAUUCGUCCAUCUGUUGACUGGAACAGGACGAGGUCGACCAAGUAUGACGGCCACCUUAAGCUCCUCCAGCGGCUUAGAGGUCCUCCUUUCCACUCUGCAGAAUGUAGGGGAUGUGGAGAGCACCUUAAAUAUCCUCAGUGUCUUGGAUGAACUUCUGUCAGCUGGUACAGAUCGGCGCAUCCACUAUAUGAUCAAGAAAGGUGGUAGUGAGGCUCUGCUGACUGCACUGGUUAAAUAUGGCCACACUUUCAGUCCCAACUACACUAUACUCAUACCACUCCUGCACCUGCUAGCUAAAGUUGGACACAAAGACCGUCGUAUUGGUAUGAAAGCAGAAGAGGCAGGUGCAGUGCUGCUGACUCUGAAUCUGCUGAAACACAAUGGCCAGCAUGCCAGGAGAACUGCUGCCUGCCUCUGGGUGAUCCAAGUCUUCUGUUCAUCAGUUUCUACAGCAAACCUCAUAGGAGAAAACCAUGGACUGGAUGUCAUCUACCGCCUCAUUCCUCAAUACACAACCAAGCAUCUGCAUGCUGUUAAUACCGCAGUGGACUCUAAAUUAAACAAUCAAGGUGUGAUUUAAGUGCAGACUUUCAGCAUUAAUUCAAGUGGUUUAUAGAAAUAGUUGAUGAAUUAUGGCUAGCUGUUUAUAAUACCAGUUUUGGAAGCUAGGGAUCGGAGUGCCAGGACCUCUCGAUCCACUAACACUGAAGCCCUAUGUCGACUCCUGCGGGUGGUGGGCCCACAGGCGGACGGACCCAUGUUGCUUUUCUGGCCCGGCCACCAGAUGCUCACCAGACAUUCA